CUCGUGUGACAGCUCGAUAUCUCGUGUUUUAUUCGUGGAUUUGAUAAUAAAACAAUAAGUAAUUAAAAAUCCUCUUCUAUGAUAUUGACAAUGGUUAUUAACGAACUAACUUAAAGUUUACAAUUGCUAAGUUUGUGACGAGCAGUGUGACAGUAAAACGUCCUUUUUGUGAUGGAUAGUGCUAGCGGUAACGUUGGUGAAAUGGGUCGGCGAACCGGAGAACUUUUAAGGCGUAUCAACCGCUUCACAGAUGGCCCCAUGACGAGGAAAAAGCUGAUAAUACUCUUCCUGGUGGUCAUCUUCCUGCUCCUCUACGUUGGUCCAACUUUGAUGAGCUGGUUCUUUAACACUGACGAUGCGGCGUCGGGUCAGAGUUUUUGCCAGAAGCAAUUUUUAAAUCCUUUCCAAGACGCUAUCGGCGAUUACGACGCCUAUAUGAGACCUGAGAGCGAAGCUACAUUGUCCAGUGUCCGACACAACUAUGUGCCUUAUGUCGGUAAUGGCCUAUUAGGCCUAGCUUUAGACCAUGAUAGUCAUAUUAAUAUCAAACAUGGGCGCACACUAUCGCUCCCCGUAAAAUAUCACCCUCUAUACAUCAUAGAGGAUCCAGACAUGAAGGAAUUUACUGUUGCCGAGUAUAAAAAAGGUAUCAUAAACAGAUUUCAAUGUAGUAACAGUGGCUUACAGAUUACUUAUCAGUAUUACGCACACAGAACGAUACCAUCACUGUUUGUGCAAGAGAUUUGGGUCAACAAUCCGUCAAAUAAACCUAGAAGUGUAAAAAUUUCAACACCCAGGGUGUCGGACUGGCCCACAGCUGUCAAACAAACUGUAAAACUUCACCAAGGUGUGGACACAAAGGAGUAUGAGGUAGUCACUGGAAUGCUUGAAAUACCAGACAGCGAUAAUGUUAAAGCUGUUGCUAUUGUGUGCAGAAAGCUUGGAAAUACAAUACAAAUUGAUGCACGAGACGGUUUGGAUUUACUUAUUUUGACUACCGUCCAAUAUAGUCAGCCUAUAAAGAAAUCUGAAUAUGCAAAGCAUAAGGAUAUAGUUGAAACAAAAGCUAUUUCAGAAAUGGAGAAGGUAAUUUCUCUAACCGGAGAUAGAGCUGCCGCUAAGAAAGUAAAGGAGAACCAUGUCAGAGUCUGGCAGGGGCUCUGGUAUACAGGAUUCUACAUUUCGGACUCAAAAGUCCAAGGCAUAAUAAAUGGAGACCGCAUUAAUGCUACUAUCUACUCCAUUCUGUCCCAAGUGCAGAGUUAUGAACAUGAAGAACAUAUAAAACCAAAGGAAAAAGCUGAAAUUUUGCGUACACUAACUUAUUCAGAGGGCUGUUAUGGAGGACAUUCAACCUUAGACGCAUUUAAUUUAUGGAAACCUUUAAAUAACCUAGAAAACUUGAAUAAUGUUGCUAGUGUUUGGCUGUUGACAUUAGAAAAACAUGGCUGCCAUAAACUCCUCAAAGCCGGAGCUAGUGGAGUCAACCAAGCUAUGAUACUAAGCUUUGGAAGCUUACGAUUCAGCAACCAACAUCUUGAAUACAACAUCCAUCCUUCUAAACUACACAGAGACUUUUUAUUCCGCAGAGUCAACUACGGAAACAUGACACAUGUUAACAUAAGCGUAAUAGUCCAAGAAGACAACAAAGCAGCUAUAUUUGUAGCCUUAGAUCGCUCUGACAAGACUUAUUAUGCUUGUGAUGCUGGCUGUCUCGACUCUCCAGUGCAACUUGGUCCGUACAGGAAAUACUUCCCAGUGAAAUUGACUGAUCCUUUAACAGCUAUAUUGUAUAUAACAGCAGACCAGCAACAUAUGGAAGAACUAAGGCAUGCUAUUCAUGUUGUUGAAGUAGCGGAAGCCCCAGCGCAUGAAAAUCACGUAAUCGCCAUGCACAAACACGGUCACAGUUUGGGCGGAUUAAAUCCUCUAUUCUGGAUAUCUAUAAUAGCUCUAAUCGUCGUCUUCCACUUGUUCUUAUGCCGGAUAAUCAUGAAUGAGUUCUGUGGCAGCGGCGUAGCUUACAAACGCCUGUAUAAUAAGCCUUGAAGUUGCCUUAUAAAGUGCUUAGCUUGACUGAUUGAUCCUAGAAUUCCUAGAUAUAGGAGAAACUGCACAGUGCCACAGAGUAAAUAAUAGUACUACCAUACAGAAAGGACACUUCCUACAAAACCGAAGUUUGACAGCGAUUCAGGGAUGAAUCAUGCUGUCCCUUUCUAAUGUAUAGCACUAUCCCUUUCGGUUAUUUAAGGUUGUCAAAAUUCAAGUCAUUAUCUUACCUGUGGUGCACGCAAAGGGACGUCAAGUUGUGCCAACCAUAAUAAUUGCUGGGAGCAAUGCUGAGCCGAACAGAGCCGAGCAUGCCCGAAAGGAGGAGUGUCGCCCCACUGACAGUGCACACAUACACAAUCAAAACAAAUGACUAUCUAAUCUUUAAUGAUAAUGACAGAUAAAAGUCUGGAAAAUGUGCAGUCGUUGAAAUAAUUUAUGAUAUUGAUAAGGCAAUUGAUAACCAAUUUUAUUGUGACAUCACAAGUUAAGGGCCCAUUCAAAUCUCGCCAAUAUUGCAUGCGAUUUUUGAUACAUUGGAUCGAUCCAUGAUUUUGUUGUAUAUUAGUAGCCUAGUAGCUGGCAUUGUGUUGUAUAUCGCAUGCAAUUAUCGAUGUGGUUUGUAGUUUGUAGAGGCCCUAAGAGUUCUAAUGAUAAAAUGAAUCAUUGUUGAAUGUUUUGAAACAAAUAUUUUCUGUCGCUUUUUGCGGUCACAGUAUUCUAUCGAUUGAAAAUAUCAAACUUUUGUUGUAUAAACCUUUACACUGUAUGAUAUAUAAUGCCACACUAGCAUAAGUGCAAUAACUCAUUUUGAAAUAUCAUAAAAUUGUUUACUUUGUUCUCACACAGUAUAGUCUGUAACUGAACGAAAAGGAAUUACUCAAACCCGUUAAUGUUUAAGUCAUACUAACCAACUUUUACUAUGGGACCAACCCCGAAAUUACGAAAAAAAAAUUGAGUCUUCCAUAGGAAAUUUCAACAUCAGACCAGCAAAAUGUAUGAAACAUCGUUUUCGGGGUUGUUCCCAUACUUAGUAAAAGUUGCUUAUGACCUAAACAUUAACGGGUUUGAGUAAUUGCUUUCCAUUCAGUUACAUACUGUAUUAUAGUAGUUUAUGUGACUGCAACAUAAUAAAAGGCAUUACAAUACGGGUGUUGGUUUAUGAAACGAGCUGAGAGCGAGUUUAUGGUUAUGCUGGCCGUAAUUUGCGGUUUUUGAAUGCAUCAUAGAGGGUUUAUGAUGUGUGUAGAUAAAAUAUGUUAUAAAAUUGAAAGAGGAAAAAGAUUUCAAAAUUAGUAAUUGUACUUAUGCUUAGUGCGGCAGUAUAAUUUGUCAUAUUUUUUUAUUGUAAAGUGAUGUAAAGGCAUGUUUACAAUUGAAAAUCGUCCUAUACUUGGGCAGCUUGGGCUGACACUCAAAACAUUGUUAUAGAUAUAUAUAUAUAUAUACUUAUAUGAUUCUAGGUGCCAGUUGAUGUACAAUCGCCCUCAGAUCUAUCAAAGCGGUCAAGGUGCUCAGAAAUAUCUAAAUAUGCACUUUAACGCCUUAAUAAUAGAGACGUGUACAAAUAUUUGUUUGCCUUGGCUACUCUUAUAUCUCUGAAACGAUUGUACAUAACUUGCAAUCACUCGAAUAAAAGAUAUAAAAUUUUUAAUCGUUUUUGAGGCUAUUGUAAAAUGCGCAAUUCAAAGUUUUUAAUGAUUCUAUCCUUCUGUUUACCAAUACUGUAUCUACUGUAUGUACAGUUGCCAACAGAUAUAUGGGAGCGGCCAAGGUGCUCACAAAUAUCUGAACACGCCUCUGUUGUUGAGGCGUUAGAGUGCGUGUUCAGAUAUUAUUUAGCACCUCGCCCGUUCCGAUAUAUUUGAUGGCGUCUGUACCAUUAUCGACACAGUUGAGUGAAUCAACUUUUUAUUGUCUUCGUUGCCAUGGUUACGAUCUCCUGGGUCACUUUUAAACCCCUGGUUUUAUGGCUUGGUUCUAUGGCUUAAAUACCUAUUAAAAUAACCAACCAAGAAAUUAGGACACGUCCAAAACCGAAAAAUAUCACCAAACGUCGAGCCUCGUCCAGCUUUCUGAAAACCUAUAUAUAUAUGUAAUGAUUAUGUAUAUUGAAAUUUUAUUAAGAUCAAUAAAAUUAAAAACUAAAUUAAAAUAAAUCCAAAAAAGGAUGUGGCAUUGUGUCAAAGAUGCUGGCAGCAUUCCCUCGCUGAAUGGCAAUACUAAUGCGCUGCGAGAGAAAGCUGCCAGCUCUCUGGUCACCGGUAGUAUCGACCAGCUUUUUGCACAGUUCUUUAAAAAGAACAUGUGCGCUUGGACCCCAAUGAUUAUUAAAUAUCUUUUUCAAGAUUUUCAAAUAAGGAAUUUGCACGAGGGAUGUUAUGGAUAAUAAAUAUAAUAAUGGAGAUCUUUUAAGAGCAGAAACUAUUUAAAAAAAGUUGGUAUUACACUCUUAAAAGUAAAAGUUUACCUACUUCAAGUAAGUAGGCGCGAAAAUGAGUCUUGGCCUCCAACAAAAGUUUAAAAUAUAUAAUUUUAAGCAAGUUGACUUGCAUAGUCAGCACUUAUUGUUCAUAUUGUUGUAUAAUUAAGUGUAAAUAAUUUAUUAAUAUUGAAGAAUGCUUAUUUAGUUGACUGUAUUAUGUUAUUGCUUGAUCUCUUACCAUGCUACAUGAAUAUAAAUGUAAUACCAAAGAGAAUUUGAAAUAUAGAGAGUUACUGUCAUGGUAAAUUAUGUAGCUAUAGACGCUAUAGUACAUUUACUGCCAUCUUUCGACAGAAGAUUAAAACUGUUAGAACGCCAUUUGACUUUGAUCAUUAUUUUCUUUCACUGAUAUGUGUUAACUUGUUAAAUAAUAAUAUUAACGCCAUCUACUCGAGCGUAGGCUGAAGGUUAUGGCGCCAUCGGUCGAAAAAAUUGCACCAUACGUUUGGCCUAGUGUCUCUACUUUACUACGCUACUUUACUUUGACAAUCCGCCUCUAUACACUCUAUUCUCUUUGGUAAUACUCAGCACGAAAUAUAUUGGACUUCAUGGUCUCAACACACUUAGCUAAUAUUUGCAUAUUUUGGAUAAUAGGACGAAGUGUGCCGCUUUAACCUUUUGAACGCCAAGAACACCUAAAGGCGUCGUAACCUUGUUAUUAUACUCGUGCCCACAGCGCCAUGGACAACUAUAGGUAAGGCGUACGCCUGUCAAAGUAACCUUCACACUUUCAAGUAAGGUUUAUAUUAGCUCGCUUGCGCCUGCGACCUUGGCGUGUAAGUGACGUUUUUGUUUAUGACGUAAAGCGUUCAAAAUUAGGUAUAGGGUUCAAAUAAACUGAGAUUCAGUUCGGUUAAACAAUAACAACUAAAACAAGACCCUAAUGGUAUAUGACCGAGAGUUCAAAACUAAAAUGAAAAUUAUUAUAAUCUUUACGAAGAAAACUGUUAUGCACAAUUAACCAACACUUAAUUUAUUUUGUUUCAAUGUAUUUCGUGCUGACUGUACCUACUUAGGGACUGUCGCAAUACUUUUUCUAUAGUGAUGCUGUAAACGAGAUUAUGAAUAGAAAUGUUUUUGUUAUAA